CUUAGUAAUGACAAAAUCAGUCCUUUUAAAGUAUACAAGAUGGACAAAAUGGUUUAAACCAGUUUUUGGCUUGCAUUGUGGCUCUUGGGCUAUUAACAUUUGCUAACACAAAGAUUUCAGACACGGUGAACUUUUCCCUCCAGCACAGCUGAAGCCAUUCUACAAAUACCCUCUCACCCACUGGCUCAGCACCCUUCCCCUCCAGCAGAAAGGUCCUGGGAUGUAAUCCCACCCACAGGCUGCCCUAUAAAAGGCCUAGCUAGAAAACUACAUUUGCAUUUUUGACUGGAUCUUCCUCCUUCUGUGUGGCAAUGCCUGUGGAUUUCAGCGGAACCUGGAACCUUGUCAGCAAUGACAACUUCGAAGGUUACAUGGUGGCCUUAGGUAUUGACUUUGCAACACGCAAAAUAGCAAAAAUGCUGAAGCCUCAGAAAGUGAUCAAACAGGACGGCGAUUCAUUCUAUAUCCAUACCACUAGCUCGUUCAGAGAUUAUUUGCUUGAAUUCAAAGUUGGAGAAGAGUUUGAGGAAGAUAAUAAAGGCUUGGAUAACAGAAAAUGCAAGAGCCUCGUUACCUGGGAAAAUGACAAACUCGUCUGUGUCCAGACCGGUGAGAAGAAGAACAGGGGCUGGACUCACUGGCUCGAAGGGGAUGACCUCCACCUGGAGCUUCGUUGUGAGAAUCAGGUCUGCAGACAGGUCUUCAAGAGAGCCUGAGUCUGUGUGGUGUGCUGGGUGCUGCCUGCAGGGACAGCUCUGCUCAGGAGCCGUGUCCAGGGAGAGCUCUACUGACAAGAACUGGCUCCUGUACCUGUUAACCUGAAUGGUCUGAAGUUUCUGGCUCAGGAAAUAAGUCUGCUGUUGCCAGUGUUAAAGGUCUGAUUUUUGCUAAUAAAUGCCUCAAACGAA